AUGUCAAACCUCUCAACAAAUCUAGAUAUAAAUCCUUUGCAUCCUUUAUCACUCAGAAAACCUUUUCGUUCGUCAACAGGAAUUUCCAAAAAUAAUUUUUUAAAACUUCUACCAACCUCACGCACUACAUCCUAUUCGUCUCCAUCUAAUUCUUCAAAUGCAACGAAUGAAUAUGAUGAUGGGAAUGAUUAUAACGAUGAACUCAUUUCUUAUCACAAACACUGCUCGUUACUAGUACUUCCUGGAGAAACACUACGUAAUGACGAUGGUUAUGACGAGAUACAUUCCGAGCAAGAAUCAGGAACAGGAUAUCGAAAGGAUAAAUUUUUCCUACGAUUAAAAUCAUCCAUUAAAAAAUAUUUAGGGGUGGGAAAGGAGCGAAAACGACAUCAAGAAGCUCAUCAUCAAGAUG